AUGCCUUGCGUCACUGGAUCCCCCAUCUGGCCGCCCGGCGGCGGAGACGCGGGAGAGCCCCACCACCACGUCCUCGACUACGCCUUUGUCUACGUUGCCAAGGGGCGGCUGCUCGGCGCCCGCAGCGACGGCGCGGCCGGCCUGGACGGCGACGUGAGCUGGUUCGACAUCCCCGACGGCGCGGGCGCGGACCCGGCCUUUGCCCACGGCGGCGUCAACGGGUACGACGACCUGCCGAUGAGAGAGCAGGCGCCUCUCUGGAGCGACGCCGCGCUGCGCGUGGCAGAGGAGCACGCCGCUCGGCUCGUGGAGCAGCCCGAGUGGGUGCUCUCUGAGGUCCUCCUCUCGCCGGACCUCGCCCCGCACAUCCUCGCCCAGCUGCCGACCAAGGAUCACGCCGCCAAGGGGACUGCGGAAACGGGGCUCCGGCGCUCAUACUCGCUCAUACUACCGACUUCCCGAUCUAACCCGGUCUAA